AUGGCAGGUGUUGUAGUGAUGAUAUCUAAGAGCAUAGUGCGACCCGAGAGCAAUACCGACGGAUCGGAUUCGGAUCGGGUUAAGAUCCAUCUAACUCCAUGGGAUCUCUUCUUCCUUCGAUCCGAUUACCCACAAAGAGGUCUUCUCUUUCCAAAACCCGACCCGGAAACCGAUAUAAUCUCUCAACUGAAAUCCUCUCUUUCCGUCGCGUUGAAGAUUUUCUACCCAUUCGCGGGCCGACUAGCCAAGACCGAGAACGAGGAUGAUGAAACGGCGUCGUUCAUCGUAGAUUGCGAUGGUUCAGGUGUCAAAUUCGUCCACGCUUCGGCUAAAACCGUCUCGGUCAGUGAUGUUCUAGAACCGGCCGACGGUAACGUCCCCGGUUUCUUGAGUAGAUUUUUUCCGGCGAACGGAGUUAAGAGCUGUGAAGGGAUCUCGGAAUCGUUGAUUGCGUUUCAAGUAACGGAGCUGAAAGAUGGAGUUUUUCUCGGAUUUGGUUAUAACCAUAUGGUUGCAGACGGAUCUUCGUUCUGGAAUUUCUUCAACACUUGGUCGGAGAUUUGUUCGACCGGGCUCCAUUCCGGUGACCGGAAAAAGUUUCCUCCUUUGCUUCUCCGUGGGUGGUUUCUCGACGGAAUUGAUUAUCCGAUCCGAGUUCCGAUCGCAGAGACGAAAACACAGCCUCUGAUCGUUACUCCAGCAGCGCAACACGAUUUACAAGAGAAGGUUUUUCGAUUCACGAGUAGCAAUAUAUCUGAGCUCAAAUCCAAAGCCAACGGAGAAGUUGACGGGAAAAUCUCGUCGCUCCAAGCGAUUUCGGCGCAUAUGUGGAGAUCGAUCAUCAGAAACAGUGAUCUGAAUCCGGAAGAAGUGGUUCAUUGCAAGUUACUGAUGGAUAUGAGACGAAGGCUAAACCCUCCGCUCGACAAAGACUGUUUCGGAAACGUCGUCGGAUUCGCGACGGCGACGACAACCGCCGGAGAAAUGCUUAGCAAUGGGUUGGGUUGGGCUGCUUUGCAAAUAAACAAAACUGUGGGGUCACAAACGAACGAAGAAUUCAGAGUGUUGGCUGAGAAUUGGGUGAAGGAUCCGAAAAUACCGAAUCAUGUGGCCGUGCGUAAUUCUAUCAUAGUUGCUAGCUCUCCUUGGUUCAAUGUGUAUGGAAAUGAUUUCGGUUGGGGCAAACCGAUUGCGGUUCGAGCUGGACCGGGGAAUACCAGCGAUGGUAAACUCAUUGUAUAUCCUGGACUCGAAGCAGGAAACAUCGAGAUUCAGACUUGUUUAUCGUCUCACGUUCUGGAGAAACUCUCGACUGAUGCAGAGUUUUUAAAACACGUAUGUGUUGUAUAA